UGUUGCACAUGUACACUCUGAAAGGAUGACUAUUAAUUUACCACCUACCACCAGUAUUUAGUGAUCACUUGCUUGUGAAUGUGAUUAACUGUAUUCUGGGUGGAAUUAAUGGUUAGUCCGCGCCCAGGUAUCAGAACUUGCAAGUUGCAGUGUGCCACUAGCUAGCACUUAGUGCCAGUGCAUGCGCAGCAUGUGCAAACAUGAUGGCUGUACCAUCACUGCAGAGACACCUGAAGAUUUUCCUUCAGAGGGGAUCCGCACGCUGGCUGCAGAAAGCUCCUGUACAAGCACAGGGCACACCACAGAUUUAUACACCUGGACUUCAGUUCCUGCGGCAAUUUCAAACAAGUUUUAGAUGUGGGAUAUGUAGUCAGGAGGCUGGCUCAAAUGUUGGUGUGAGGUGUGCCAAGCUGGAAGGCAGGGGCUUGGUGCGGUUGGAGGGGCCAGAUGCGACUGAACUCCUCCAGGGGUUGGUGACCAACGACACGGGAGUGAUGUGGGGCGACAGUAGGGUGAUGUACUCCUUGUUUCUGAACACACAGGGAAGAAUCCUGUUUGACGUGAUGUGUUACCGCGUGUCUGCAGAUACCUCUGAACAGCCAAGCUUUCUGCUGGAGUGUGACGCAGAGGUCCAGGAGAAACUUACCAGACACUUGAAGAUGUACAGAGUCAGGAAGAAGGCUGAAAUAUCCACCGCAGAUGACCAACUCCAGACCUGGGCCGUCUUCAGUAAUAAUACUGUAGACACACCCCUCUUGGCUACGUCAAAGACGCAGACGACAAACUGCGACAGGUGUCCGACGGACGUGACGGACCCCAGAGUUGAGGGUUUUGGGAGGCGGGUCAUUCUACCAAAGAAUGAGUCACUAACCCGCCUCAUCCCAAACUCUAUCGAGGCCAGUGCAGAGGACUACACACUGCACCGAUACCAGUGGGGCGUGCCAGAAGGGGUGAUAGACCUCCCCAUGGGGGAAUCCCUACCCCUGGAGUCCAACUUGGCCUUCAUGAAUGGAGUGAGUUUCAGCAAAGGCUGUUACUUGGGACAAGAGUUGACAGCGCGAACCCACUACACAGGGGUGACGCGGAAGAGAAUCAUGCCUAUUGAGAUACUAAGUCAUGGGAGCUCUCCGCCAGAAGUUGGAGCCAAGAUCAUAUCAGAGGCUGGGAAGAACAUCGGGAAAUUGCGCAGUUACCUUGGCAACCGUGGUCUGGCGUUACUACGAGUGGCACAGUGCAAAGACAAGAAACUUCUCAUCAUCGGCGAAGACGGUAGCAGAAUGGAACUAGCUGCCUUGAUUCCUACAUGGUGGCCCCAGGAACAGGAAGAGCUGAGAGAUUAAAGUCAAGAUGUCAAAAAUGUCUUGACUUUUCAAGCCAUAUGGAAAGUUUUGUGCUUAAGUUGCAGGCCUGUAAAUAGGCCCCAAAUUGCCCGGGAAGUCCAAAUCACGAUUUGCAUGCCCUCAAAUUCUCAUUGUCAUUGGAGUGUUUUGUAGCCCAUUCAGUUGAGGAUUUGUAAAACUGAAGGGUGGAGGCUCUGCACAGGACUUUGAGCUUGUGUAAUGUGAAAUUUAGAUGAAAUUUCGCCCUAAAAUUGCUCUAUUUUGCAGUGGCAUGGAAAAAUGGCGAUGGACUUCCGACUUCAUUUAGGAGUGAUCAUCUUUGAGUACAUUUUACUCAAAAGUCAUCGAUAACCCCCAAAAAAUUUGAACCGAAAUUGAAAGAUGAUGAAAUAAGCUUUACUUUGAUAGUGUCUCAGAAUACCUCGGAUAGUUGUAUUUUUCCUGAUUUUUUUAAGUGAGGACAUUUAUCAUUGGGUCUAUGGCAAUUUAUUUACUGGUCUGCAACCCUAAAAGCCAAACUUUGGUUAUGGGCUCUGUGUGAAAACUGGAUUGCGCUUUGCAAUGACUUUCUAGAGCCCCAGUAGAAGGGACACACGUCAUGCUCAUAGUGGUUCCUGCGCGUAUGUCAC